GAGUAUUUGUGCCUCCCUUAUACUGGGCUUUCCAGGUUUCUUAUUCGACGGCGCUUCAUCUUAUUCUUGUGCGAUUUUCACUUGGCAUCGGAGAAAAAAAUUGCCAUCUCAUACCCGAAUGGAGAAAUUCUAUGACAGAAGGUUUUUAUCCAUGAUUUUAAACUUCACAGGCAAGAAGAGAAUCGGGAAAAAUAAGUACUACUAUGGAGCAUCAAAAAAGUAAGGAGAUCAGUGAAAUACUGGCAAGUGAGUCUUCAACUACAAUGGGGAGGCAAGGCACAACCAAGGGUGAGGAGCUUUCGAAUAAAUCAUCACCAUCAAAGGGUAAUUUAGGUCUUCUUGUAGAAGGUUAUCCGGUUGAGGGCUUGUCAAUUGGAGGGCAAGAGACCUGUGUCAUAUUCCCCUCUCUCAGAAUAGCAUUUGAUAUUGGUAGAUGUCCUCAAAGAGCCAUCUCUCAGGAGUAUCUCUUCAUAUCCCAUGGCCACUUAGACCACAUUGUAAGCAUAAAUUAUGCAGGAUCAUAUUUUAGAACGACGGGCUCAAAAGAAGGGAAGCUGGACGGGCCUGCUGCUUUAUUCUUCCAGCGGAGGCUCGAACUUGGUGUGAAGAGGAAGAUCGGCUCAGAAUCAGGCCUUGGAGGAAGUAUUCGGCUAAAGACAGAGGGAUGGGAUUCGGAUCUUGAAGAGAUGGAAUGCGGUCUGCAGGGGCUUGAAGGCUGGAGUUUUGACAGGAUUCAGAGCAGAAAAUCUGAAGAGAUACGAGGAGAUGAGUUUCAGAUAAGGAAGGAUCUUAAAGUGAAAGCGUUUAGGACUUACCAUGUGAUACCUAGCCAGGGGUAUAUUAUUUAUUCUGUUAAACAGAAACUUAAGCAGGAAUAUAUGACUCUUUCAGGACACGAAAUCAAGUCCUUACGGUUAUCUGGUGUUGAGGUCACUUACACAGUGACAUCACCUGAGAUUGCCUUUACAGGUGACACAAUGUCAGAUUUUGUUGUCGACCCAAAUAAUGCUGAUGUUCUAAAAGCUCGGAUUCUUGUCAUGGAGAGUACUUUUGUUGAUAAUGCAAUGUCAAUAGAGCAUGCCAGAGAGUAUGGCCACACACAUAUGUCAGAGAUAGCAAGUUAUGCAGAAAAGUACCAGAACAAAGCAAUAGUAUUAAUCCAUUUUUCAGCUAGAUAUACUUCAGAGGUAAAACUGACUGUCUUUUCUUAAACCUACAACCGUUUAACUUAUCCUAACCACACUAGUAGAAUUGAAUUUGCCUCGUUUAUGACUUAUGAGCAUUCUUUAACUACGAUCGUGAAGUUUAUAAUUUCCGCAUUGAUUCAAGCUUCUCCCCCAAAGUCUUUUAAGGUCUAUUUUGCACUUGAAUAUAAACUGUUUAGUUGUUAGUUAUUCCAUUCUUAACUGUAGCCCCUUGCAGCUUUUCUUUUGGACUCUCUACUAAAGCGGUAUUAAUGCUUUUCGUGCAUCUUGGUUGCCUACAUUUUCAACGUGUGGCACUUAGAACUCGUCGUUCUUUUAAUAUUUAAGAAGCUAAGUUGUGCUCUCUUCUUCACUGAUUUU